AUGGACGAUUGUCCUGCCGCGGCCGAGUUUAUCGCCUCCAUACCGCAGCAUAUUUCGUCAGUUAUUCAUAUUCUUAUUCUGGCACUAGUGUUCGUUAAUAUAGUGCACUCGCUCGCCUACGCCUUCUUACUAGUUACUCAUCUUUGGAAGGUGCUUGCAAGUGAGAACCCUUGUGAUGUAUAUGUUAGCGGUGUGUACUGCUACACCAUGCGUCUAAUCACGGCAUCCUCCUACACCGCUCAUACUACCGUACUCCUGGGCUUAUUACUGGAGCGCGUUAUUGCGACAAGAAUGGUCGCCACGUACGAUAAGUGCACAGCUAUGAUCGGAUGGGUUCUACUUUUUGCAACGCUGGCUCUUGCGACGAGUCUUAGCGUCCUGAAGCAGCACAAAUACAUCCUGAAUCAGCCGUCGUUCUAUUGCUCUUCAGUCAGUGCCAGCACCAUCGAUGACGUCCUCAUUGUCCACUGUGUUCUGUUCCUUAUGCUGAUAGCAGCACUGAUCGUGUUCGGACUGCUGUUCUUUUUAAAUGCAAAAAUCAGAAGGCAGAUCAGUCAUGACGUCACGAGUAAGUGUCAAGCGUCGGAGAAUCUCCGUGCACUGCGAGUGCUGCGACCGUUGCUCAUCCUGCAUUUCAGUGGCUAUCCAUUGUACUUUGCCAUCAGCGUCGUUUGUUUGAAGCUCAAGAAGAUCCUUGGCAAUCAGCUGUUCCGAGUCGUGUUCUCUGCUCUUUAUUUUCCAUCACAUUACUGCUUAUUGUCGACUCUCGUACUUUGGUACAUUAUACGAAAACACAAGAAAGAAGUCAGAGACGGCCCGCUUCUGUAG